AUGUCUCUGAGUCAAGCCAAUCCGUCAAGCUUUGGCGGGCUCCUGGAGAGUCGGAGUAUCAUCAACUCCGUCGACGCCGAGAUUGCCAUCCUACUCAUCACCCAACUGGGACCUGAUGGACCCCAAGAUGCAAACUCACGGGCCAUUCUCAUGGACGGCCUGCGCUCCAGCCUCUCCCACGAAGGCCGCGAAACGACACUCCCGCUUGCCGACUGGAAUAGCGGUGAGCCUUCAGACCUGACGCGGCACAUUCUCCGCAUUGGAAAGGCGCUGUUUCAGUACGCCAGCGAGGCAAACCAUAUCGUCCCUGUCGACCCGUCCCUCACCGUCUACAGCCCCUGCGAGGGCCACAAAUGGGUUCCGCCUGCGGGCCGGCUUCUGCGCAGCCAGCUUUCCCGCGGCGCAUUCUUGGAAGUGGCCAAAACGCUCACAGCGCCGGGCCUAACCGCGGGCGGCUAUGGAUUCCAGUCUGACAGGGGUGUUGUGCUUCCAGCGGCCGUGUUCUCAGGGACCGCUUCCCGCCUUCUCCUCCGCUACAGCCCUGCUCGGCUCAUACCUGAACACAGUCAACAGCCGGUGCUUUUCGUAUCUGGGUCUGCAUUGGAAGCAGCUGCGACUGUGGAAAUAAGUGAUUUGGGAUUGUCUUCCGCGCCGACGGAGUUCCCGCGGAAUACUUCCAUCACAUUCGAGAAGACACAGGACAGUGACGGGGAGCAAGUUCAGUAUUCUCUCAAGCUUACAGCAACCCCUGACCAAGACAAGCCUGAUUUGUCGGUCGAUAUUGGUCAUGUCGUUCACGGUGUGGAUGAUGUCACGGGUGCAUCCGAAGAAGAGGAGGAAGCCGUAACGGCCAACAACAUGAGCAGGAUCUACGAAGCAUCUAGCGUGCUGCUGGCUGGGCCACAUGUUAUGCAAAACUCGUCCGCGAACCCGGCCAUCAUCCGUGAUACCGAGGAAGUCGAUCUCCUAGCUCUGCUUGGCAAGCUGGAUGCUCGAGCGGUUCGUUUGAGCGGACGGUGGAAAAGGGGGGACAGAAAGCCUCUCAGCCUCCAUGGAAGUAGGGCCGAAUCGCCUCAGUUCUUAAUUAUGUCGUGA